UAAUAAAGCAUAUUCUGAUGGGUAGCAUUUCUUUGUUGUCGCAUUACGCUACCUACUGUUUCAAUGGGAGGUAGCGAAAUCGCAAAAGAUAGCAAAACUGAGCCCUGUCUCAGUUUGGUUGCAUCCCAGUCACUUUUGUUUCUUUAUUCAAUCACUAAUAAGUGGUGGAGCAGGAUGUUUUGGAUGAAUUGUGCUCAGGUCAUGUGACCUGAUCCAUUGCAAGAGAGGCAGCAAACCUGAUCUGAGAUCAGUGUAAUCAGGAGUUUCCUCCUCCUCCGUCGCCUUAUUUCCUCUACUCUCACUUUCUCAUGGUGAAAGACAGCCAGAGUAAUGCCACUUUAUCUGUUCACUUGUAAGCUCCAUAGUGAAAUAUGACAGAAACAAUAUUUGGCAGUGAGAACGAGCACUGGGUCUGUCCCAAUGACAGACAACUAGCGCUUAGAGCAAAGUUAUGUACAGGUUGGUCCAUCCACACAUUUCAAUCUGAGAGACAGAGGAAAGCUCAGAUACUUGAGGAAAAAGAGCUGGAUCUCAUCAUGAGUGUCAUCCACCGCGCUGAGCAGCUCCAGAUCAUUGAGCAGCACCGGAUUGGGCGUCUAGUGGAGCGUCUGGAGAACAUGAGGAGAUCUGCUGUGGGAAACGGCCUGUCACAGUGUCUGCUGUGUGGAGAGGUGUUUGGACUGCUGAGCUCUUCGUCUGUGCUCUGUUUGGGCUGCUGCAUGAAGGUGUGCACUAAGUGUGGAAUCGAGACUGCAGGCAGUCAAAAAAGGGCUCAGUGGCUUUGCAAGAUCUGCAGUGAACAGAAAGAGGUAUGGAAACGUUCUGGAGCCUGGUUCUACAAAGCCUUGCCGAAGCAUAUUCGUCCCAUUAAGGAUUCAAUUCUAGAUAACAGGAUGCAAGUAAUAGAAAGAGGAGAGCAGCUGCCAGUGACCAGGAGUGCGCCAAUCAGCUACACAUGGGCUCAAAGCAAAGUUAACUUAAGUGAAAGCGAUGGCAGCGAUGCCGAGCUCAGUGAAUGCAGCAGUGACAGGAAGACCUUCAUGUCUGAGACCGAUCAAAGAAGAGAUUCCGAAUCGAGUGGAGGCCAGGUGCAAACACCUCUGCAGUCCAGCAUCACCAGUCCAAAUCCAACCAGCUUUCACACGGAAAGCCCUUCCAGCGCGGCCAGCGAGCAAAGCAGUAAGAGUUUCAAUCCGGGUCUGGAGGAAGAGGUCAUGGACCAUAGCCAACCUUUACUAAUUCCCCCGGCCCUCAGCCGCACCAGCUCUCUGAGGAGCACCUCCACCAGCCAGAAGUCCGAGGGCCCCAAACAGGAUGAGGACGACCUGGACCAAGCCUUCGGUGCCACCGCACUCGUGGCCAGCAAGAAAGAGGAAGAGCCGGACGUGGAAGGCUAUGAUUCAGACGACUCCACUACGCUCGGCACUCUGGACUUCAGCCUUCUGUAUGAUCAGGAGAACAAUGCCCUGCACUGCACUAUCAACAAAGCCAAGCUUCCUGUACCAAGAUACAAAAAGGGACUCAAACCAAUGGAUCACAAUGGGCUGUCAGAUCCCUAUGUUAAGCUGCACCUGCUGCCUGGAGCUAGUAAGGCCAAUAAGCUCCGCACCAAGACCCUACGCAACACUCUCAACCCUGUCUGGAGUGAGACCCUGACGUAUUAUGGGAUAACUGAUGAAGAUAUGGUUCGCAAAACACUCAGGAUUUCAGUGUGUGACGAGGACAAAUUCCGCCACAACGAAUUCAUUGGUGAAACCCGAAUCCCCUUGAAGAAACUUAAACCCAACCAGACUAAGAACUUCAGCAACUGUUUGGAGAAACAGCUUCCUAUUGACAAAACAGAGGACAAGUCUCUGGAGGAGCGAGGGCGCAUCAUGAUCUCUCUGAAGUACAGCUCUCAGAAGUGUGGCUUAGUGGUGGGCAUCAUCCGCUGUGCCCAUCUCGCUGCCAUGGAUGCCAAUGGCUUCUCUGAUCCCUAUGUUAAAACGUAUCUCAAGCCAGAUGAGAACAAAAAAUCAAAGCACAAGACAGCUGUCAAAAAGAAGACCCUCAACCCCGAAUUUAAUGAAGAGUUUUUCUAUGAGAUCAAGUACGCUGACCUCAGCAAAAAGACCCUGGAGGUGACGGUUUGGGACUAUGACAUCGGCAAAUCCAAUGAUUUCAUUGGUGGACUCUCUUUAGGUAUCAAUGCCAAUGGCGAGAGGCUAAAACACUGGUUUGACUGUCUGAAAAACAAGGACAAGAAAAUCGAGCGCUGGCACACGUUAACCAAUGAACUCCCUGGUUCAGGGUACAAUGACUGAAAGGCUCUCAUUCUAGUGGCUGAACCGAUGCCGUGCCCCUUUCCUACAUGAUGUCGAUGUAAAGCCCAGCAGCCUGAUGGAUGGAUCAACACUCCAGCAGUCCACUGAUUUAGAGAUGGGUGCCAGUAUCUGUUCCCAACUAACACACCUGCUCUAUCUCUUGUACUUUUCCUGGUGUUGAGCUUAAAGUCUGAUUGUGUGGCUUGAUGUGGCUUAUAUAAGGGUCUUUAAUCAGCCUGUGUUUGUACAACCUCAUUGAAAAUGCAGAGAUGUUCCCACACCCAACAAGAGAUCAGGCCCCGUCUUCAAAUAUUUAACCACACACUCUACUGUUCUUUGUCCAUUCUCUUGGCUAUUUUCGAGGUUUAAUGUGUAUUCAAGAAUGCUGUUUACAGACAUAAUUUAUCAGUAAAUGUAUCAUUAUGCGUAUGCAUCAUGGCAGCAAAGGGGCUCUGAAAAUACACUUUCCAAAACAAUAGUGUUUACAGUCCAAAACCUUUCUAAUGCCUAUCCUAAGGCCAGGGCAUAAACUACACAAUUGUAUUUAACAGACAGAUGAUUGUGAAGAUUAUAUCUGUUGAUGGAGGUUAAAAAAAAUCUUACAAAUAUAAACUCACAACAAAUUAAUGAGUUUUUUCUACCCCUUCUAUUACAACAGGCUAGAAUGUUUUGUUGUUUUUUAAUUGAAUAACCUCCAUGUCAAGUCUACUUAAUGAAUGUAAUUUAUUUUUUUAGUUUCUGUACUCUCACUGCAAAUGAACAGUGUGACAUUAAGACAGCACACAGCAGAGUUUCAAUAGCAAUUUUUCUAGAGAGGAAACCGUUUACACAGAGACCACAGAAACGCUGAAAAUGCGCUAUACUAGAAAUUAGGACUAAGGACUAUACAACUUUCAGAUGGACAUUUAUCCGAAUAUUGUUUUAAUGUGUUAAUUACCCAUUUUUGGAUUAGACACUUUGCCCAAGCUCAAAUCAUAUAUUGCAUUGACAUCUUUUAAUCUAAAUUCUUCAGUCUGUAAAACAAAACCAAAAAGGACUGAACAAACUAUUGUUUUGAGAUUUAAUAAUAGCAUGUUUAUCUUAUUCUUCCUUUGAGCCUUUUAAAGAUGACUAAAUAUAUUUUUUUAAAUACUGCGUUAAAAGUCCUUUAACAUGUUUAUUUUAAUUUUGUGGCAUUAAAUUAUAACCAAUGUAUUAUUUUAACCUUUCUGUGUUAUUGCAUAUUUAGCAUGCCGUUGGUGGGUAUCGUCGAUAUUAUUAAUGUAUAUUUAACAGUUGUGUUUUUCUCCCUCAUUACCAGUAGAUUUGAUUCUAUAAGGUAAACUCUAGAUUGCAAAUAAGACUUGAGAUGUUGAAACUCCAAGGAGAACUCCUGUCUACAGACCUACAAUGUAUGUUCACCAACUGAGAAACCUUAUCACUUUCUGACACCGUUCAUUGUGCAAGCCACUCCUGUGACAUUUUUGUAAUCUUUUUGCUUUUGUACACAAACUCUAUGGCAUAAAAAUGCAUGCAAAUGUUAUUGGGCUGUCAUUAAAAUAACUUAGCUUAAUGUUUGAUACCGCUGUUCUCCUCUGUAAAAAGAGAGUUCCUGCUCUUGGAUUGCUCCAGGAAUGUCAGCCUUCCUUCUCGGACCGUUUUUGUACUUUUGAACGCUAUUGCAUUGGCCGUCAGGUUGCUCUAUUGACUGGACAUGUGAAUGCAUGUUACAAAAAAUAAAGUCUUGUUUUGAUCA